AUGACGUCGACAGACGAUGGCCGUGACAUUGCCUCGCGGCCACCUGCAACGGAAGAGCCCCAGCAAACUGACAGCCCGGGUCCAUUUGAGCCCGUCCUGGAAAUGGAAGAAAUGCUAGUGGCUCGUUUAACUCAAGGCGUGGAUCAUUGUGAUUGGGAUCAGUUACAAGAAAAAUACACUGAUGCUAUGGAUGAGCAUAGUCGUGUCGAAGAAGACCUUCGUGCGCAAACAACAAAACUGCUCGAUAUUUUUACAGCAUGGUCCCAGACAGCCAUGUUACAAGAUGAACAGAGGGCCCUGAAGAGAUUCAAGACACAGAUGCAGCACGUUCAGCAUUCUGAAAUCAGCGUGGACAAUAAGAAAAAGCACUACACGGAGGUGGUGAAAGCAUUCCAAAGUGCCCUGGCCUUGCUCAACGAGCAGCUGAAAGCUUGA